UGGGUGGACGGACGCUGGCAGCAGGAAUGGCGGCUCCGAUCACUAAAGGAAGGAACCCGAGGACCCAGAAACUUUGCGUCUGACGGCCCCGCACGGGACUUCUCCCGCAACGAAAACACAGAGAGCGCGUCCCGCAGCGCUUCACGCACACACAACGUGAGGGUGAACGCGACGCGUGUCCCGGGGCCGGAGCGGGGGUCGCUGGUUAGCUUAACGUUGUUGCCUGUGUGCACCCUGGUAGCCGUUAGCUCUGCUGCUAGCCAGCUGUUGGCUCCGGUGGCCCAACAAGUUCUCAAAGUGUCCGGAAACGCUCUGUAUUCCCCCCGCGAGGAGGCGAUCGGCUGCCCCUGCUAGCUGUUAGCACCGGGGGCUCCUGCAGAGAGUGGUACCCCCGCCGUGAGCCGCAUCAACCCCGCUAACCUCCGCGCUAGCUGGCGCACCGACGCUAGCUAAGUUGGGAUCCUGAAGUCUCGCCCAUUUUCUCGGGAUCCUGCCCCGGCCAUUGGCUCAGGGGCUAAUCCACGACCGAAACUCGUCUGGGGCUUGUUUUUCUUUUCUUCCGGCUGCGAUUCGGUGCCGCGAUGGAAAGUCUCACGCUGACCGACGUCGAGCAGAAGUAUUACUCGGAUCUGUUCGUGUACUGCGACACGGACAACACCAAGAAAGUGGUGUCCAACGGCAGAGUUCUUGACCUUUUCCGGGCGGCCCAGCUGCCCAGCGAGGUGGUGCUGCAGAUCACUGAGCUGUGUGGAGCCACUCGACUUGGUCACUUCGGGAGAAGCCAGUUCUACAUCGCUCUCAAGCUCAUCGCCAUCGCCCAGUCCGGGCUGCCCCUGAGGGUGGAGAGCCUCAACUCGGUCAAGGACCUGCCCCUGCCCCGGUUCGUGGUGGGGAAGAACGAGGCAGAGGCGCGGCACGCGGCACUCUAUCCCGACACCGACAGCCAGGGUCUGUACCCAGCUUCUGCUACUGCAGUAAUACCCAGGCCACCGGCAAGGGGACUCCAGAUCAAGAAAGGUCCUGCAACCUCCAUUGCACUUCCUGUCCACGAGGUUAUCCAGCCCCUGGCAACAAACAUAGAACCACAGCAGCCUGAACCGACGUCUCCAGUGGUCUCCCCUGACCAGUCCCCCCCCACUUCCCCUCACUCCUGGAGGAAACACCAGCGGCAGCACAGCGGGGGAAACGUAGACAGGCAGCCGGCGGUGGUGGCGGCGGCAGCUGGAGCCGUGUGGACACAGUUCAGAGAGCCACCAACGGGUCCAGUUCCCGGUGAGGGCAUGUGGCCGUCCCACUCGCCCCCUUUACCAGGUCAAGAGAGUUGGGUCAGUUUCACAGCAGACACCCCCCCUUCAAUUACAAUCCCUGGAAUGCAUCCCUCAUCAGCCCAGGACAGCACAACGUUACGAACUGCGGCCUUGGCAGGGUCGACCAAUGAGAUGCAGCGACAGUCCAGUUGCUACGAUGAUCCCUGGAAGAUCACGGACGAGCAGCGGCAGUAUUAUAUCAACCAGUUUAAAACCAUCCAGCCGGACCUCACUGGUUUCAUACCUGGUUCGGCAGCGAAAGAAUUCUUCACCAAAUCCAAACUACCGAUUUUAGAGCUGUCUCAUAUUUGGGAGCUGUCAGACUUCGACAAGGACGGAGCACUGACCCUGGACGAGUUCUGUGCCGCCUUUCACCUGGUGGUGGCCAGGAAGAACGGCUAUGACCUCCCCGAGAAGCUGCCAGAGAGCCUGAUGCCAAAGCUGAUUGACCUGGAUGACUCAGCCGAGGUCCCAGAGGCAGCAGCUGACGUGGGAUACUCGGGCUCUCCCGUGGAGGACCCCCCCAACAAGUCUCCCUCCAUGCCCUCCCUCAACCAGGCCUGGCCAGAGAUGAAUCAGAGCAAUGAGCAGUGGGAGACGUUUAGCGAGCGCUCCUCCAGCUCACAAACUCUGACCCAAUUUGACUCUAACAUUGCACCAGCUGACCCUGACACAGCCAUCGUUCACCCAGUUCCCAUCCGGAUGACGCCCAGUAAGAUCCACAUGCAGGAGAUGGAGCUGAAGAGAACUGGCAGUGAUAACAAUCACCCCACAAGUCCUCUGCUCACCAAACCUCCAGAGCUGUCAGAAGAAACCAAUCUACCUGCCUCCAUGAAGUUUGCAGCCUCUAACUCUGGGGGUGAUGGGUACAGCAGCUCAGACUCCUACACCUCAGACCAGGAGCCAAUCACAAGACAAAGGUCUCACUCGGGGACGUCUCCGGAGACUCUGAAGGUGGUGGCGGCCCCUCCUCCCCCUCCCCCCCGGCCUCACGCCUCUCACUCUCGCUCCUCGUCUCUGGACAUGAAUCGCACCUUCGCCGCCGUGACGGCCCCGGGGCAACAGCCGCCCUCUACGAUAGCUUACCCCCCCGCUGUGCCUCCUCGACCGCUGCCUACACAGUCAUCAGCGCCACAUACUGGGCAUCGUGUGGAGGCAGAGGUUGUACCAGCAGGGGGCGCAGGACUCACCGCCACCUCGCCCCACCAGAUUCCUCAACAGCCCAAUUUCGCAGACUUCAGUCAGUUCCAGGCCUUCGCCGCCUCGGAGCAGCCGUCCAGUCUGCCGGAGGUCGACAAGCACAGCGAAGCCGGACAGGUGGAAAAGGCACCAGAGGGCGCUGGUCCUUUAAGAACAGUGAAGAGUGACGGUCAAGCAGAUGAGAGAACCGCAGCUACUGUGAACUCUGCCAAAGGUGCAUCUGGUCCCCUGGCUCCGCCCCCCAAGCCUGUACGUCGGAGGUUGAAAUCUGAAGACGAGCUCCGACCGGAGGACGAGCAGCUCGGUCCACAGAAAUCCAACAUCAUAGCUGCUGUGCUCGCCACCCAGCCCUCCAUCCCCAGGUCAGUAGGCAAAGACAAAAAAGCGAUUCAAGCUUCAAUCAGAAGAAACAAGGAGACGAACACAGUUCUGGCGCGACUCAACAGUGAACUGCAGCAGCAGCUGAAGGACCUGCUUGAAGAGAGGAUAUCUUUGGAAGUCCAGCUGGAGCAGCUCAGACCUUUCUCUCAUCUUUAGAGGAAGAACCUGGCUGUGGUUCAUCUGAAGCAAAGCUGUGGCCCCUCGGUGUGAAUCCCCCCCUCCCUCCCUCCCUCUCUCCUUCCAUCAUCCCGGCUUUCCCUCGAGGCUCCGACCUGCCCCAGGGUUCUCCGUUCAAAACUCUCUCACUUAUCAAUCAUCAACCCGACGGACCGGAGGGCACAGUCUCAGCCGAGCGGGCCGAGGCGACAGGGGCGCGUGCGCGGGGGGGGGGGGGGGGGUCACACAAACUGGCACUUUUUCAAUCUUCUCUGAAGAGAGGCGAAGGUGAGGACGGCGGUGAACUGAGGAAAGGUUCCGGAGAAGCGGACGAGACGCUGCACAUGCUGGCGUCUAAUUAACUCUGAAUGACUGAAGAAGAAAGGCAGAGUGUGUGGGAGUGUGUGUGUGUCACGUGUUGGUGCGACUGUUUGUGUAUUUGUGUUCCUGUUAAGUGACUUACUUGAGGCUAGCAUCAGUAUGUGUGUUCCUCUCUUGGGGUUACAGCCGCGCUGUAUUAAGAAUCUGGCAUAUUUAAAGAAAAGACCCGAGAUCAUUAUCAAUCUUAAGUAAAUAUAUUAAAUUUUUGCAGAGUUUGCAAGUGUUGAACAACUUCUUUAAUUGUUGCCUCCCUCAUUUGGCACGAGCUCUGUCCAGCUGCCGUCAAUGAGGACAUUCAACUACUGGAAAAUCAGGACGUCGGCUCCAAAUACCAUCAAAGAUAGUUUGUUCUUGUCGACAGGAGCCUGUGUCACUGGCUUUCCAAUAUUUCAAAAACCAAAAUAAUAAAAAAUAGAUCACAGGAACAUGCAGCAGCACAUUUGAGAGGCUACAGGGAAAAAUGUAGAAAGUACAACAGGAGCCUUGAUCUGCCAGUAAACGUAAGAAACACUUUUUCGACUGGAGUUUGCUGCGGUUCGAUUCCUACCCAGAGAGCAAACUACACCCCCUAUGGACAGGACUCUUGUGUGUUUUUUUGUGAUGCAUUUAACGGCUAAAUCAUGGUGAAGGCUUUUUUUUGACUCAUCCUGUGACAUGAAUUCAGCCCUGACCCCUGACCCCCCCCCCCCCUUAUCUGCCUGUGUAUGUGUGUGGCGACAACUUGAGAUCGCGACCGAAUCCCUCUCUCCUUCACGUUGCAGUGUUUUGGGUUCGAUGUGACUGAGUGGUUGAACCUUAAUGCCAAAUGACUGAACUAUCACUGCUCUCUACUUCUACUCAGACUGUGUGUUUCCUUUCUUUCAAAGAGAUUAAAGAAAACGCAGCCUUC